AAGAAUUAUAUUCCUAUCUUUGUAUCCACCACCGAGUGUUACCUGAUGUGUUUUAAAAUCCUCUUGCAUGGUGCUCAUGGUAUAGUAUGGCACAUGUUGGCCUUGUAAACUUUUACAAACCUUUCUGUAUCUCAUUUCUUCCCCUCUCUUAGCAGACAGUCUCCCUCUUAUCAUCUUUCCACCUCACAUAUUUCUAUGGCUUCAGCAAAGUGACCUUUCACAGACAGUAUUUGUAUUAGCAGCAGCAGAGCCAAUGGGAUUCUUUCCUGCCCAGCCCAGGUGGGAGGCAGUCCAGGAAAGUUAAUCUUGUGUUAGUCAAUACUUGGAUGAUGAUUUGUAAUGUCUCUGCUGUUUACCUUCCAGGAAAGACUUCUCGGGGAACCUCCUGUUUCCAUUAUUAAUAAUGAAAAGUCGGUGACUUUUAGAAUACAAUAAAUAUUAUCUUAUUUUAGUCCACUUCUUUUGCUCUGAGAGUCAGUUGUUCAUUUCUCUUUCCAGUAUGUUUCCCCUUACCCUUCCUCCAUCAAGUGAUCAGCCAGAAAUGUGCUCCUCUUUCACCAAAUUUGCAGUGAUGAAUGCGACUCUCUGGGUUAUAUCAUGUGAGUUAUAGUGAGUUUCUUCUGACUGCAGGUUGGGAGGGGUAACAGGUGUUCCCGUCAACAGGCAAUUUAAGUCAGGUUGGCUCUUUAACAUGCUGUACUUACAUGAGCUGAAAUGUUUUAUUUCCGGCUAUAUGACAAGUUAUUUGAACAAAACACAUUCCUCUGUGUGUGAGUUGGUAUAGGUGGGGUUGGUUUAGGUGGGACACCACCUAUUGGCUAUCAUUAAGGUUGCCUGAUGCUUCCCAUUAUAAGACCCUGUUUUCUAUUCCUUAUACCUUUGCCAAAUCCUAACUGUUUGGGCUGAAAUUUUCCAUGCCAGGUGUCUGUCUCACCAUCGCUCUGCUGUAAGCAAAUGUCUGUGAAACCCAGCAAAGUGUCCUGUAGCUCUCUAGAGCUGUUCCCAAUACAGGAUGACAGCCUACCACUGCUAGUAGUUACUCCAUUAGCUCUGUGAGGUGGAUCUAAAGGUUCCAACCUUACUUACGACCCAUGUGGUGUUGAUAUAAUGCUACAUAAUGGAUUUUCAGUUUGCUUUUUUAAAAAUCUAGGAAGUUACACACCAAAAAACUAUGUUAAAAUAACAUGAAGGUUGCAAAUUCAAGCACUCAAAAGUUAGGAAAUGCCAGGACUAAUUCUUUUUCUGUGCAACCUUAAUUCAACACUCUCGUGCGUGUGCAAUAUGAUACAAUCUUUAAUUGUAUGAUCCCUUACUAUUUUUUCCAGAGACAACCUUAAUUCUGGUGUUUCCUAACUUUUGAGUUCUUGACUUCGCAACCUUAAUAAUGUUCUUUAUAUGUAGUUGUAUGUGCAAUGUUGUGGUAGCCAUUGGCUUUUAUUAAUGAAAGCAUGCACUGCGGAACGUCGGCCGCAAUCCUCCCGAUAUGGAUAUUAUAUAUUUUUCAAGACAGGCCCACCCGAAUUCAGGUAGUACAAGAUGAACAUGUUUUAGUGUUCUGUUGGUUGAUUUGUUAGCUCAUCAGGCUGCAAAUAAAAAAUUCCCUUCCUGUUUGUGUUGAUUUUGUUCUGUCCAAACCGCCAUGAAACCCAUUUUCUAACGCUGCAAAGUGAUCUACGCUGAAACUGAUUAAUAUGUCACUGAGUUCAGUUACAGCAAGAGAGGACGUGGACUGGUUCGAUGUUCUGACUCUGUCUUGUCUCGUGUUGAGAUGCUUUUGUACUGGGUCACCUCGUAGGCUCUCGGCAGGUUGUGAAUCUCGUGACCUUGUUAAAAGGGCCACUUUCUUGGGGAUCUUUUCUUCUGGAGUGCCCAGGAGGAUACAGUUAAUAAAAGGAGCAGUUAUUAUCAUUCAGGGCAGGAAAUAGUGAAAUGGAAAAUAUAGCAAACAUUUCUGUUAAUCUCACCAAACCCUUUGCUUAUUUUCAGCUUUAUUGCCAACAGAGCUCACAGUUUCCUGCCUGCUGGUAACGCUUAGGACGUACAGAGCGCUUUACAAAUGUUAACUGAGCUUUCCAAGCACCUGUUUGAGGUGCUGCACCCGAGACCUGUAAAGCAGAAGCGAAGCAGGCUCGCUGUAGGACCGAAACAACCAGAACCUCAGGGCCGGAGUAGACAGAAGCCCAGGCGAGCUCACAAAUCCUCUCGUGUCUCGUCUGCUUGUGGCGUGCAGAGAUGCCCUCGGCCGGCUCUCCCCCCUCUGGCUGGCGGCGCAGCAGCUGCUGGAAAGCGUGAUCCCUUUGCUGACAGUCCGCGCCUCUCCGCAGAACGGUUUGCGCAUCUUUUGGUAACGUCUCCCGAAGCCAGAGGGCAGGGGGUUAAGAAUGCUGUGUUCUCCCCCAACCCUCUGCUCUCCAGCUGCCCUGCGAGGUUAUGCCCUUUAUCCUUUGGCGAAGGAGUUGAGUUUGACCCUCUGCCACCAAAGGAAAUAAGGUACACCUCCUCAGUGAAGUAUGACUCGGACAAGCACUUCAUCGAUGAUGUCUAUAUGCCGGUGGGGUUAGGCGUUUCCUCGUGCAGCCAAACGGUCGUCUGCAUCCCUGAUUGCACAUGGCGCAGUUACAAAGUCGAGGUCCACUUUGAGCCUCGGAACAAGCCCCUGCGUUUCACCAGCACCACCAUUGUCUACCCAAAGCACACCAAAACUGUGUACACCACCACUCUGGAUUACAACUGCAGGAAGUCAAUGCGGCGGUUCCUGUCCAGCAUAGAGCUGGAGUCUGCAGAAUACCCUGGGAAUGAUUACCUCCUGGAUGGCUGCUGACUGACAUCUGUCUCUCUUGCUAUGAUCCAUCCUAGUCCCUUUCUACUGUACUGUACUAACUCUCCACUAGCUAAAGUGGGUAAAAAAACCCUAAUGGCCCAAUCACUCUAAGGGGACCUUACCUGUCGCUACCUCUGUCCUAGCUCAUAAAUUCAGCUUUAAGCGUCAAAAUGGCCUGCAUUUAAUUUUCUAUGGGAAUUUAGCUUUUCAAGAUAUCAGUUUAUCCUCCUUUAGAGCUGCUGAUUUCCUUCCCUGCUCCCACAUUGCAGUAUUCAGGUGAAAAUAAGGGAAAUCUUUCCAAAGAGGAAAAGUUAAUGGCUCUUUCACAGAUAAGGGAGAGUCUGGGACAGUGGAAAAAUGUAAAAUUUUUCAUGCUGAUGUGUAAAACCAAUGACAAUUCUCUUGCUGCAGAAAAUUUAGUAGAUAAUUCAGCCACUUGUAAACAGAGAGCAAUAAUUAAUGUCAGCUUUGGUCACAGGACCUUGGUAAAGCAGAAAGUGCUGACAUCUUUGGCAUAGGCUAGCUGAUGGGAAAUCCAGAAUUUUAUAUUUAAACAGAUGUUGUUUUUUAAUCACAUACAUGCCUGUUUUUAAAGAUGUUCCUUUAAGGUGGGGGGGGGAGAGAAGUUUUGAUUAGAGCAAGAGUUAAAUUGCAUUUGGGUAGGCAUAGAAGGAACAGGGUUAUCUUUCCUCAGGCUCCGCUAAUCUUACAGAAGAUCUUGUGUACUUUUCAGUUAGUUAACCCAGCCUCAAACUUGUGCAACUAUUUGUCAGUAGAGCAGAUACUAGAAUUUGCAGGCACUGUACUAUAACUUAUGAAGAAUAUUAUGCAGAAAAUUGUCUCUGAGGGGUAAUUAAUUUUGGAAAUCCAAGGGUAGACAUCUGCUAGUUUCAAACCACUAGUAUCUGGUAUGUGCUAAUGCUGGCACUGUUCCUCACUCAAGGGGAGCUGCAGCAGUGGGAAAAUGUUAGGAAAUCCACAGGGUGGAGGUCAUAAGGUGGAAGCAGAAACCUGGGAAUCCAGCAGCAUCACCUCGGGGUAUGUGGGAGUGACUUGCCAAGGAAGGCAUUGCGACAAAGGGAAUGCAAAACUUUCAACUGGCUAGAUCCAGCACAGCUAUGCCUGUGCUUUUCCUGUUGGACUUCACAAAGAUCAUUAUUCUGUCUAAGUUUUCGAUCUGAUGGUGUUGAUGAUUCCACUGGGGCAAGGAAGGUCUUCCAUACCCAGAGCUUCCUGAGCAGCCCUGCAGUAACAAAUCAGAGUGCAUUUCAAUUGGAGAUCACUGGGGGUUGGGGAGUGGGCAGGAGAGAGGUGGCGAGAAUAAUCACUUCAGAAUAACCUGCAUCUUAACAUUUUCUUUGUCACACUGUCAUACACUUUGACCAAACAGAACAUGUGGCUUUCUAAAUCUCCAAAAUUGUUGUUUCUUUGUUGAAAGAGAGGAGAGCAGCAUGGAAAGUGGGUGCUUUUGAAGAUGUGGCUUAUACUCUUUGUUGGUGUAGUACUGGUAUUGUGGAUGUUCCAUAGAAGCUGGCUCUUGUCUUUUUUUUAUAUACAUCUCCCCAAACUCACAUUGGACAAAAUUCAUCCCUCUGUAGAGCAGCAGCCCAAGACCACCUCUCAAAAGGGGAGUUAUGCAGGGCAUAGGGACAAGGGAAAAUGUCAUCAGUGGAGAGCAAGGAAUGUAGAAUGUGUUCUAGCUGGAGAUUAUUAUUGGGGCUGCAGUAAAAUAGAUCCUGCGGGUGUUACAAAUGGCCUGUGUAGAGGUAUAUUCUGCAGUGUGGUACUAGUGUGAGCUGAAAUGAUUCAAGAUAUUGAAAGUGUAAUGGAAGAGGGGAUUUGUUGGGGGUUUUUUACCUAUUUAUUCCCUUGAAUCAGUAGUUUUUGUUUCCUGCCCACAAACCCAGCUAAAACAUUUCCAAGGGAGCCUUGGAAUGCUGAGUUUAAAUAGCCAUCCCCGUAAGAGACUAUGGGUCCUGGAAUUCUGACAAGACCUUUGACCCCACUGAAGCUAUUGGAACUGCAUGGGAUGUGAAUCAGGGCCAGAACUACCAACAUGAGUAGCAUAGCCUAGUACCAAUGCAUUGAAUCUAGUCUGUACUAUUUAAGAAAUGCUCAUUACAUUCCCACUAAGACCAUUCCUUAAUGUUUGCCAAAAGUGAACUUAUGACAGGGCAUAAGCCACCCCCUGUGUGUAGGGGUUUCAAACAUAACUUCUCUGUUGGACAGGUUAUUCCAUUAUUGCUAGCUUGUACUUUCCUCCUGCCACUGUAGGAGACAGGAUACUGGACUAGAAUGGAUGCGUGGUUUACUCCAUUAUCACUUUUCCCCUGAGUUCAUUACAAGAUUUUGGAGAGAAGUUUUAUUUUAAAAUUGUAACCGUGACCUGUUCCGAGUUAAAUUAGAAAUAACUUUUACACUAUGGUUUAGGACACAACAUGUGCUUUAAAAACACAGAUUUAUUGAUGUUCCUCUUUAAAAAGAUGGUAACUGAUAGAAGAUGCUUUUUAAAAAAUUCAGGUUACUAUAUUGCAACACCUUGGUUCUCACUGUGCAAGAUCCAAUAUGUUCUGCUGUCUGUGACAUGAUUCCUCCCCCCAAAAAAGUUUCAAUUUGCUUUUUCUCAUUUAACUAGUAAUAAAUUAUAUGAAAACCAUAAUUGUAGGGAAGUCUCUUUAAUUCAAGCCUUAUUGGUGGUGGUUUGGUCUUGAAUGCAAACUAGAGUCACAAAUGGCUGGUUCAUCUCUACUGCGUUAACUCUGGCUGGCUGGGAGUUAUUACUGAAAUUAGUGGGUAAGUACUAUGUGGAAGAGUUAGAUAUCAUUUAUUACAUGAUUUAUUUAGAACUAAAGACUUAAUAUAUUCAACUGAUCUUAGAUCCUCUGUUUCUUUAUCAGACUUGAUUGUUGCUAAAUUCUCUAAUAAGCCAUAUCAAGUAUAAAAUUCCCUAUAAAAAUAUAAUACAAAUGCUAUGGCUUCAUGAGUUCAGUAAGACACUUGAAGAUGUGCUUUUAAGACAAUUGGAAAUCCUCUCCAUGGCAUGUAUUUCACAUCUGGUACCAUUUUAUUCCUAAAGAGCUAGUUCUGGUUUCUGAUAUGUAUUUUGGUACAUACUGCAAACAAAGCAGUUGUUGUUUUCAAAUGAACUGAGUAUUUAAACAGACAAAACUCUCUUUUGAUUGUGGAUUUAAAAGUGGGGUGGGGGGAAGUUCAGGUGCUCAGAUGCCACAGUGAUGGGCACGGUAUAUAAAAAGUUACUAGAAUUUAUUAUAUAUUAAAAAAAAAUGUGAUUUGUGACAAGCUGUUCUUAUCAGAGAACUUGUGAGUUUGGAUGCCUGCUGUCUUGUUAAAUGCUUCUGAAUUUCCAGGCUUAUGGAUUUUAUUUUUAAUAUCAAUAGAAGAGUAGGAAUUGAUGCAAAAAAAUACCAAUUCUUUAAUUCCUAAUAGAGUUUUUGUUUACUUUUUUUGCUGCUCAUUUGCCCACCCUUUUGCAAAAGCGCUUGGUUGUCAAAUAAUGAUGUUGGAAUCUAGUCUUGAAGACUAGUCUAGUCGUCUUAUAUUUAUAAUGAACCAACCUGCCAUUGCAAAAGUGCCAGUGGCAUGCAGCCAAUUAAAGGCAAUAGGAUUAGAAGAUCAUUCAGUGAUAAAAUAUUAAAGAAAACAGAGGAGUCCUAUGCAUAUAAGACAAUAGUUGUUAGAAAAGACCAAUGCAUUCAAACAGGGUUUAAGAAGUAUUUUAAAAUCAAAGGAACAUAUUUCUGAGCAGGUGGAGGGAAGUUACGAGAACUUCUUGUCUCUCUCCUUUCAGAUGCUUGGUCUUUUUUUCCCCAGAACAUCUCCUUUUGUCUGCCCUUGGCUAUUUUAAAAUAUUCUAAUAUUGUAAAAGUAUUCUGAGGGAGUUUGUAUGAAAGACAUUACUGUGUGUGAUGAAAAGCAAGGGCAUCUGAGAGGCUGAUGGAUUGGUCGAGGAAGCCUAUUAAGUGAAAGACUAUAUCUCUUUUUUUAGUUCAUUUUUGUCAUCGAUGCAGAAGACAUCCAGAGCCACGUUGCUGCAGCAAUCAUGAUACUGACAAGGACAAUCCUGUCACUUGAGAAAAGGGCACUUUUCUAUUUAGUACACUUUGUUUCUGAUUUAAAUCUCCAAGUUCACGGAACAAUACAAUACGUUUUUGUAACAGAAGAAAGUAGUAUUGUCUAGCAGUUAGAGAGCAAACCAGGCACUGAGACCUGGAUUUUAAUCCUGAUUCUGCACUGUAUGUGACCUUAGGUAAGCUUAUUUGCAUGUCGCUUACACUAGUCUCUAUGCACAGUAUCAAAUCACUUAGCUACUUACUUCCUCAAUUUCCCCAUCUGCAACAUGGGCUAACACCUGCCCACUUCACUGAGGUACUGUGAGGCUUAAUGCAUUCAUGUUUGAAAAGCACUGAGAUA